AUGCCUUCUUUUCCUGCAUUUCUUGGGUUAUGUCCAGGGCUGGAUGAAUACUUGAACCGGUACAUGGCUAACCAUAAUUGGCAGACGAGGAAUGUCGUGCAGCCGUCAAAAAAUGCAGUAAAAAGGGGAAAACUCUCGAAACUAAAAGUGUCCGUAAAUGACGCACCCGUAGAUCAGGAAGGUAAGAGGAGGAAAGAGAAGAAGGGUAAGAAGAAAAAAAAGGGGAAAUCUAAACAUGAUAAUCAUCAUCAAACGGAACAGAGUGGUUUGCCAAUUUCUAAACUCGAGGGCUCGAUGGCACCGCACCUGGCUGCCUAUCAUGCAAAAAGUUGUUGUUAUUUGUGUGUCCAAAACUCGGUCGCAAUUUCCGGAGCGAUGUCCAAAAAUGUUCAGCCAUGCACCAGAAGUGUACAAACCGUCACCGAAGUUUCCAACAAAAUUGUCUCGUCAGCUGACAAAAGUUGUAAUCCCGUGCCCCGUGUCCGGACUAUACAAUCUUCCGUAAAAGUAAAUACUCACGACGUCGGUAUUACGUGUUCCACGGUACAACUCGAACAUGCGAGAAAAAUGGGAUCUAAAUCAACGAGUAAACGGCGAGGCAUUCUAUCAAGGUUGGAACACAUAAGAUGUCCAGCAGACCGGACGGUAAUGUGCCAGACCGAAAGAAACGCGGUUCAACUGACCAAUGUUAAAUGUGGAACGAGGAAAGGUCGUUGGGUAUAA